AUGCCAGUAGUAAAAUCACUGCCCCCAAGUGCCUAUACGGUUGGGUGGAUCUGUGCCCUACCACUGGAACUAACAUCAGCGAUGGCGAUGUUGGACGAGGUGCAUCAAUCUCUACCACAACGUCUAGGUGACAACAAUACUUACACACUUGGUGCAAUAAGAGGUCACAAUACCGUCAUUGCGUGCCUUCCAUUGGGGAGGUACGGGAUUACAUCCGCAACCAAGGUAGCUUCAUCUAUGCAUUCUACAUUCCCCGCUAUUCGAUUCAGUCUCCUAGUCGGUAUUGGAGGAGGCGUUCCCGGCAAGGAUGCCGAUAUCCGACUUGGGGAUGUGGUGGUCAGUAUGCCCUCUCGCACGCAUCCUGGUGUAAUUCAGUAUGACCACGGCAAGACUGAAGCAGAGGGUCAUUUUCAACGAACUGGCGUUCUGAAUAAGCCUCCACCGGGACUCCUGACUGCAACGGCUAAGUUGCAGUCAAAGUAUGCGGCUGGUCAAGACCAGGUUCGGGAGUUGCUGGCUGAAGCGGUUGAAAGAAACCCAAGGACUUCCCUUUUCACAUAUCCUGGCGAGCAAUACGAUUUACUAUUUCAAGCACAGUAUGAGCAUAUUUCUAAGGAUAAAACCUGCAUCGAUUGUGACCACAGUCAGCUAGUGGAGCGAAAGCCGCGUAUGGGCCAAGAACCAAAGGUACACUACGGGCUGAUCGCAUCAGGAAACCAGGUCAUGAAGCAUGGCCUGACAAGAGAUUCUGUAGCCCAGGAUCUGGGUGCUCUUUGCUUUGAAAUGGAGGCUGCUGGCAUAAUGGACGACUUCCCAUGUCUAGUGAUUCGAGGAAUCAGCGAUUAUGCCGAUUCUCAUAAGCUUGAGCAAUGGCAGGGAUACGCUGCAGCCACGGCCGCGGCGUAUACAAAGGAACUGCUAUCUAAAGUCCUUUACAACCACGCCUAG